AUGAGUCUAUCUUGGCCGUCACCUGCCAUCGUGAAACUUCAAAAUGGAACAGACACUCCUUUUGCUAGACCUAUCACAGAAAACGAAGGCUCGUGGAUUGUUUCUAGUGGAUUUUUGCUUGGUGUUGCCACAAGUUUCCUCGGAGGAAUUCUACUGGACAAAAUUGGUCGCAAAAACUCCAUCAUACUUGCAUCAAUGCCUAAACUAUGUGCAGCCAUAUCUUGUAUAUUUGUUACUGAAGUUUGGAUGUUGAUAAUAGCGAGAGCAAUAUGGAUAUUCUGUGAUUGUUUCACACUAGCAUUUGUACCAGUUUAUUCUUCAGAAAUUGCAUCUAUCGGUUUAGGAACUUUCUUUAAAGUCAGUGAAUCAAACGGUUUUGCUGUUUCCGGAUUUUUGAACUAUAUACCUCUUAUAUCGUUAAUACUUGUAAUUUUUUUCUAUAGCUCCGGUAUCGGCUCAUUGAUCUGGUUGGUUAUGGCUGAAUUAUUUGACAGCCAAAGCCGAGCUUUAGGUGUAUCUUUAAGUCUACUGAUGGGAACACUGACGAUAUUCCUUACAACAAAAUACUUCCCUAUAGUAACAUUAGUAGCAGGGGCAGCUGCAACCUAUUUUUUCUUCGCAGCAAUGUGCGUUCUUAUUGGAUCUCUAAUAGCCAUCUUUCUGCCAGAAACUAAAGGAAAGACUUUUCAAGAAAUUCAAACAGAAUUACAAGGCAGUAGAAACAAAAUAGAUGGAUGUGAUAAAGAAAAUCAAAUUUCUUAA